AUGGCUCACAGGGCUUUGUUCCAGGUUAUUUUCACGGGUGCCCAAGUGUUUGGAAGAGCUUUCUCGGAAGCUUACAAGCAAGCUGCUGUUCAAGCCAGUAAGCCUGGAGCAAGUGCAGCAAGAGCAGGAGCAGCCAAGGCCGAAUACGGAGGCAUUACGCUGGACGAAAGUUGCAAGAUCUUGAAUAUCGAGGAAGAAGCGGACCGGACCAAUCCGCAAAAGAUCGAAGAAAGAUUCAAGUAUCUGUUUGAUGUCAACGACAAGGAAAAAGGCGGUAGUUUCUAUCUGCAAAGCAAGAUAUACAGGGCUGCGGAGAGACUGAAGUACGAGAUAGCAGAACGAGAAAAGGCUGAAGGAGAACGACAGCCUGAGCCGAACGUCAACGACGAUGCCGAAACAACAAUGAAAAGAUGA